AUGAGCUCAAAGGAACAUGGAUCACCGUCAGAAGGGAUGAUGUGCUUGGCAACCAUGGAAGACAUUACAGUGGAAAACUACGUUGAAUAUCAGGCACAUCCUUCUUUGGAAUGGCGCCCUUGUCAAUAUGAACAAAGUGUUGUAGACCAACUCUUGAAGUCACAAUUUGGAGAGUACGUGGGCAAAGUGAAAAAGACCGAUUGUCAAGCUGAAUUGAGACGGCUGCUUGCGUCCGGUCCUCCAAUUUAUAUAAGCGAUAAACAUGCAAUGCCACUUCCAGCCGGAGAUACUCACAUUAUAAAAUUGUGGUACUCUUCUGAUUCUCAAGAACGACCUGCUGUCUUAGAGGGAGCAUUGCAGGGACAGGAUCGAAAGAAAUUGUGGGACGACCUCAGUGAAUUCUUGAUUGCUGAGGGAACUGAAGAAGGCGAUUAA